GCAGGGCCGGGCCGGGGGCGGUGCCUGCGGAGGAAGCGGCGGGAGCGCUCCGGGCUCGGCGGGAGCGCGGUGCUGCCGCAGCUCCGCACCGAGCCAUGGGCGCCUCUGCCUCCGCGCCGCUGGACGACAGCAAGUGCGCCUACAUCCGAGGGAAAACAGAGGCCACCAUCAAGAACUUCAGCCCCCACUACCGCCGCCAGUACGCCGUGGCUUUCUGCAGGCACGUGCAGGAGGAGCUGGAGCAGCACCGCCACUCCCAGUCCCGCUUCCUGAAAACCAGGCCUGCAAGGGAAGCCGGGACAGUUCUGUACGAAGCAGAGCUGCUGCACUUUGCUGAGGACCUGAAGAAGUGGAAGGACAGAUAUGUUGUGAUCAAAAAUGACUACACUGUGAAUUGCUUUGAGACCAAAGAGGCCUACCAGAAGGGAGCUAGCCCUAAAUAUCACGUUCUUCCUGCAGGAGGCAAAGUCCUGACUUCAGAAGAAGAUUACAAUUUGCUUUCUGAUAAACAUUUUCCAGACCCUGUUGGCUCAAGCGAGGAGGCGGCUGCAGCCUUCGUGCCGCUCCCAAAGGAGUUCCCGGUGUACCUGUGGCAGCCCUUCUCCCGGCACAGCUACUACUGCUUCCCGGAGCCGGGGGCACAGCGCCGCUUCAGCGCCGUGCUGGGCGACUGCGUGCGCCAUUCCAACCACGACUUUCUCAAACAGACCACGUAUGAAGUGGAGGCGUUCUUAGAGGCCAUCCAGUUCUUCCGGCAGGAGAAAGGCCACUAUGGCACGUGGGAGAUGAUAACUGGCAAUGAAAAAGAGAUCCUGAGCAACCUGGUGAUGGAGGAACUGCUGCCUAACCUGCAGACAAUGAUCCUGCCUAAAAUGAAGGGAAAGAGAAAUGACAGGAAACGGGCCUGGUUUGGGAUUGUAGAGGAAACCUAUGGCUUAGUCCAGCAGCAGGUGGCAGAAGGAUUAAGCACCUUGAAAGAAGAAUGCAGAGAAUUUGCAAAAACUCUUGAAGGGACCAUUCGUUCAGACAUGGAUCAGAUUCUGAACUCCAAGAACUUCUUAGCUGGAAAAAUCAAAGCCAGUGUUUCUGAGCCUGCCCAGAAGUGCUGCACAGAGAAUAUCCAGCCAUUCCUCACCUCCAUCCUGGAGGAGCUCAUGGGCCCUGUCAGUUCCGGAUUCACGGAAGUGCGCGCGCUUUUUGACAAGGAAGUGACUGAAAUCAUCCAGGACUUCCAGAAGACCAAUGACAUGACCAGGCUAAAAGAGAAUGUGGAUCAGCUCAUGACCCUGCCCUUCAACUCUUUGAAAAUGGAGCCCUGCUAUCUGAAAGUGAACCUGCUCCAGGAACUCCUGCAGGACCUCAAGAGUCGCUUCAAGGUCUAUCACAUCGAUUUUGUGAUUCAGAGGACACAGAACUUCAUGCAAGAGCUGAUGGAAAAUGCAGUUUAUACAUUUGAGCACUUGUUCUCUCCAAGCCACCAGGCAGACUCAGCCAAAGUUGCAACAACCAUUGAAAAAGUCAAGCUGAGAGUGCUGAAGCAAUAUGACUACGACAGCAGCACCAUCCGCAAGAAGAUAUUCCAAGAGGCACUGGUGCAGAUUACCUUGCCCACAAUGCAGAAGACACUGGCUUCAACAUGCAAACCAGAGCUGCAGAGAUAUGAGCAGUACAUUUUUGCUGAUUACACAAGUGUGAUCCAAGUAGAGAACGUGUAUGAAGAGAUUUUACAUCAGAUGCUGCUUGAAGAGGCCCUGAAAGUGAUCAACGAAGCUGCCGUUCUGAGGAAGCACAACCUGUUUGAGGAUAACCUGAAUGUGCCCUGCGAGAGCGUGUCCAGCCUGACGGAGCUGAGGACCCCCGUGGGAUCAGCACAGGGCACCCCCGCCAAGGCACCCCCAGCUCCCCGGGCCGAGGGCUCGGACACCGAGAGCCACGGGGACGAAACGCUCGUCGUGACAGGGAAAAUCGUCUGGGAGAAGGAUGCUGAGGAGGGAAAGUCACCAGACAAAGAGGCAAGCGCCUUUGCUGGUGCAGCUGGUGAUCAGGCCAGCAGGAGGGAAGCAGUGGCUGUUACAGACAUUGGUGACAAACAGGAGUCCCCUUUGGCUGGCCACACUAAACAAGGAGCUGGAGAGGGAAAAAGUGCAUUGGAGAAUGUAUCAGAGUGUGUAGUGAGCACUGAGGGAGAACUCAAGGCACAACAAAAAACUGUGGAGGAAAAAGUGGCUUCUGGGACUGACACUGCAGUAAAAAAUUUUGAAGCCAGCCCUAAAAAAGAACUGAAGGUACCUGAAGGAGCCGUGGAGGAAGACGUGACUUCAGGGAGUCAAACAGUAACUGCUGUGUCUGCCAGCAGCACUGAGAAAGCAAGCACCGCACAGGAAAAAGUUUCUGAGAUAAAGCUCACUUUCCCACCUGAGAGUGUAACAGAUACAGAGAUUUUAGGGAGUGCAGAAAAGAAAAGUAAGGUAGAAAAUGAAACUAUGGGAAAAUUAUCUCAGAGUGAAAAUGCAGUAGGAACAGGGUUUGAAGGGGAUAGUAAAAAAGGAAGCGGUGUAAGUACUGAGACGAAGAUUGUUUCCCAGGAUGAAAAGACAGGGAAAGCAGAGUUUGGGGAUGGUCCUAAAAAAGAAAGCCAGUCAGAAGAAAAGAGUUGUAAAUCCCCCGAUGAUGUGAAUGAGAUAAGGAGUUUGCUGACGCUGACAGUUGAGAUCCCAGCAGAUACUCCAGCUGAGAACAUAAAGGAGGUCUGUGAGGGUGAGCUGCUGAAGUUGCAGGAGCACCAUAAUGGGAUCUACGAGUUGAGCGAAGUGGCUGUGGCAGAAAUUCAGGUGAGCCAGAAGAUGAAAAGUGAAGAUGCAGCGGAAUGUGUGGAGUUCAAGGAGGAGCGACCGUCCUCAGCCAGCCUGGGGACCGAUGGUACGAGGGUAGAGAGUGUGCCCAGGGGGGCACAAGCACCGUGGCUGGUGGAGAGCUGGGCUCCCCCUCAGGAGGCAAAGGCAGAGGUGGAGAGCAAACCAGGUGUGCGGUACGCAGGGGCGGGAGGUGAGAGGUUGCAGCCAGAGGAACAGACGGGAAUUGCGAUGUAUGGGGAGGAAGGAACAAGGAACAGCCCCGCUGUCCCGGAGGACGGUGGGACACAGAGCCCCUUUCCGAGCCCUGCUGCAGAUGCAGCCACGGGGGACGUGCCCAUCCUGGAUAGAGCCAACCCAGGACUGCUGGAGCCGGUGUCCCUGGAGCCGCAGCAGCGCCGGGAGCAGCCCAGGGCAGACACAGAGCCUGGGCGGCCAGAGGGGGAGCCGGGAGAUCAAUCUUUACACGCAGGAAUUCAGAGCAGCAGAGGAAAAGCGAUUCUCCCAGAAGAGCAUCGAGAAGAUGGUCCUGCACAGCAAAACUCUGAGGAGUAAAGAGCAGCUUUCAGCCCAGCCCUGCAGGACCUAUUCGCUCCAGUAAUCCCUGUUCAGUUUUGAAUAUUUGUUCAGGUCGGGGCUGGAGGAAAUGCGCUUUGUUGUGGCUCCUGCAGGUUUCCCACAAAUCCCUUCCUGAAGCAUGGGUGAUGGGUUUCGUUCUGGUUAAAACCAGAUUACUGCUGAGGAAUCUCAUCUGUCACUUCAAAUCUGCUCCCUUUUAAAGCUAGAGAAAAAGUUUGGAAAUGUGACCACUGAAUGCUUCAAAUGCCCAACUAUCAUCAACCUAUUUUAACAACUUAGCUGUUCUUAGGGAUCCUCUUGAUUUUUAAAUGCAUGGUUUUGACAAGUACCGCUCUGAUUCUGGUGGUUGGUACAUACAUACUCGAGGAUGCUUUUAGUAUUUGCAUGCAGUAUACAGGAAACAAAAACAUUUUUUAGUAGUAAACAGAACCAAAUAGUUGAUUUAGUAGAUUGCUGAAAAGCCACACUGUGCAAAAUCUGCAAACUCAUUACUUAAUUAUUUUCAAGUUUUGGCAGAUAUCAAAGACAAGCAAAUAUUCUGAUUUUUUUUUUCUCUUAUUGCUGUAUUUAAAAAGGGGAAAGUAUGGGAGCAGGUUUCUCAGUCCCACUCUGCACUUCGGGGUUAUUUAGCCUUCCAGAGCACUUUAUGGCUAUUUUGUUUUGUUUUGUUUUAUGGAAGGGAGAGAAGAGAAUGUUUACAAUAACUAUAACCAUUGGGCAGCAUUUCUCUGGUUUAAAUCCCACCAUAAAAUAGAUUCACUUACAGCUGUUUCAUAGAGAAUAUUGAGUCCUGCCAUUCCCAUUCCCACUGAGUUACUCAGGUCUGUAGACCUUUUUAGGUGUGGAAGUCAUGUAAUAAGUGGCAACAAUUGUGAAAUACUAGAAUCAUUGCAUCUAAUUUCUAAUGCAGAUGUUAACUGAAGUGACCAGGCAGCCAGAGGUUGUUUUUCAUGUGCUUAGAUUUUGGAGGGCAGAAUCACAUUACAAAAGCAGUUAUUAAAAUGAGACAGUUGCUUUCAUACACACGAUCUGUAUCAAGCCAUGAUCUUGGCACAGAGUUGCUUAAAUGUGUUUUUUGCAUCUCAGUUUGCACAGCAAAGCUUGGAGAUGAAACCCAGUAUUUUAGUAAAUUGGCCUUUCAAAUGCAAGACCUCACUUUAGAGGUCAGUUUAAAGCACCUUGAAAAUCUGGGCCGGUAUUUUGAGCCUGUUUCUGAAUGUCAUACAGUGCAGGACAGCAAAGAUUAAUUAUAAUUGCAGCAAGGACUGUAGGAUUUAUGCCCAUAAAGACAUGGGAAGAAAUAACAAAGUCCUAGUAAUAUAAUAUGUGUUAGCAUUUAACUUCAGCAAACUGUGCAAAGUCUUUUAAUGCUAUCAAAAUAUUCUUUAUUACUAAGAGAAAAUUGACACUAGAGGAACAGGCAAAUAUUACUGUGUGAGGAAGGAACCUUGCUGAGUAACUGGAUUAACUACUCUGUCACUACAGUAAAAUAAAUGCAGUUCCUAUUUAUUCUAGAAGCUGUACUGUGGUAUGGAAACGUGAAGGUCACAGACAUUUUUCUUGCAGAAGUACUUUGACUCGUUUCCUCCUUAUAUUUCAUGCAGAAAUACGAAUUUGGAAACAUACAAACCACUGCCAGCAUAUUUUUUUUUACGAAUCAUUGGUUAUUUCACUGUCAGCUGCUUCACUUUUACAAAUCAUUAACUAUCUUAAAUUGGUACUGAGUGUUAAGUGAUUUCAAAUUUAUAAAGUGCUCUAGAGUUAAGCAGCAGCAAGCAGCCCUUUUAUGCUAAAAUUAAGGGACAUUAUGUGGUUUUAAUACUUUUUUUGUAUGAAAGACAGCAUGGCAGCAAAAAAGACUGCAGCCUCCUGCAAAAGGAAACUAAUUCAUUCUAAUAUGAAUUAGAUACAUCUGUACAGAGAGCAUUUUGCAUAAGUAUUUCCAUAAUGGUAAUAUUGGAGUUAUUUCUGUGGCAGGCCUAGAUCUGGUUAAUAUUUUCCUGUGAUACGUGUUGCAUUGCUGAAUGCAGAUGCUCAGAUGUUUUUCACCAGUGAGAUGGGUAAGGAUGGGGGAAAUUCAGCCUAUAUAAUUUAAAUUGCAGUUCCUUGUGGCCAUGGGACUUUUUUCCUGGUUUGGGGUAUUUUCUGUCCAUUUGCAAAUGGAUAAAGUAGUGCUUUCCUAGUCUUUACCACAAUUGGUUAGCAGCGACAGCUUGGUUAGCAGAGCUCAGCAAUCAGCAAGGUUAUGUGGGACCACUGAUCAGAAAUUAUAAUAAUGGAGCCAUUCCGUUGUUUUUGUUGCUUUCUUAGUUUCCUUCACAAACCGGGAACUGUAAUAAAUAAAUCGCUUUUCACGGCCCACGGCCGAGAGUCGGGUGCCCUGAGGGGAGCGGGCUGGGGUGUGGAGCUCCCUGGCGUUCCUUCCCCCUGUUAAGGGCCAGGACAUGAAACACAUUUAUUUGUAUUUGCUUGGAACUUUGUACAAACGCUUGUCACGGAAAUAAAGACGCUCUUC